AUGUUGCUCAAUGUCGCCGAUCCUCUCCGUCCUCACGGCUUAACCGCCCGUGACACCCAGUGCAAGGACUGCCCAGCAUCAGCUCCCACCUGCCCCGCAUGUCCCUCGGGUACCAGAUGUGUAAUGAACGCUCAGUCGUGCACGCAGUGCGCCUAUAUGGAAUGUGUCAAGGUAGCUUCUAGUUCCUCGGGAUCACAGGAAAGCUCGUCAGGCGGAGGAGCAAACACUGGUGCUAUUGCAGGUGGUGUCAUUGGAGGAGUUGCAGUUGUUGGAAUAGUCGUCUUCUUGAUUUGGUGGUUCGUUAUCCGGAAGAGGCGCAACCAGCAACGAGCAGACGCAUCGGAGAAGGCCAGCUCGCACGUUGCCGACCCUGGCAGCAGCCAGUCGAGAAAAUCUACCCACUCCAUCGCAUCUACGGUGUUGACUCGCGCGUCCAAUGUUAUUCAAAUCGCCUAUAUUCCUGGUGUUACCAACCGCUCGCCCCCAGAUACCCCUCUUGUGCCACCGGUCCCUCCUCUUCCCGGCGCGCACCCCGAUCAACAUUUCUUUAUGCCUGGCGACCUUCGUGACUCAUCAUGGUCUGAUAUGACCACUGACCGUCGGUCAAUGGCCAACACUCUACGAAGCAGCGUCGCCACCACAAUUUACCGAAACGAUGCCAUUGUCAGCCCUAUGCCUGCUCAACAGGCCAUGCGCACACGUGCUGCAGUAGUUAGCAUUCACAACGGCGGUAACCCUCAAGGAUCGCCACAGACCCUUACCCCUGAUGCUCCCGCUGUGCCCGCCAUCACCAAGGCACAGCUCGCCAAAGCGGGUGUCUCUGACCCCAACACUAAGAGCUCAAUUGUCGCACGCACUGUGACCGCAAAACCCGUUAUGGUGAAGACCAUUGGAAAGAAGAAUAAAGCUCCCACCACAACCGUACAGCCCAUCCAGGAGCAGUCGGAAUCUAGUACCGAAACGUCCACUUCCACACGGAACGUGACAGCGGCCUCGAGUUUCAUCCACAGCUCGUCAAGCGACGAGGACGAGGCCCCCAAACUAGCCGCCAACAAGCGCGCAUCCACCCAAGUAGAGACGCCUAGCUCAGCUAGACGAUCUCAGGCACCAACAGUCAUCGAAGACUCUCCAGCUAUCAUCCAAAGCCCCUUUGGAAACGACACACCAACAGAGAGAACCCAUCGCAACUCGUCUCUCCUCGAGGGAACAAAGCGACACAGCGGGGCACCCCCUCCGCGCGUCGAGUCUCCAUUCUCAGAUGUGAAUGAGGUGAAAUAG